AUGAGCCUCUACACCAUGGACACAUUAGAAUUUAGAGACCAGUGUAGAGUACGUCAGUGUUUCCAGUGUCAAGAUGACACAGAAUUCUACUGCAACACAUGUAAACAUGAGCUGUGUCUUAAGUGUAAAGAGAAACAUUUCAUUGAUCUAUAUACCAUUUACCAUGAUGUUGUGAUCUACCGAGAGAAAUUUGACCACAUUACAAAACAAGAGACUUGUGAUAGACAUCCAGACAUGUUGUAUGAAAAGUACUGCCAUUCCUGUAAACUUCCUAUAUGUUUCCAAUGUACAGAACACAGACAUCACCAAAUACUUGACCUUGGAACAGCAUACAAAACCAAUCGUCAGGAACACAGAAACACCCUUCACAACAUCAGAAGUGAGACUUUCUAUAAUAGCUGUUGUCUUCUGGUAGGAAUCAGAUCUGAUAUAAAAAAUUUUCACGGAGAAAUCUCCAACAAUCAGUCAAAUAUGAUAAAAAAAGCCCAGAAACUAAGGAACCUCAUAGACGUUGUCAUGUAUGAUGUUAAAAUCGGACACAAAAGAUUUAUUCAAAGUUUACAACAACAGAAGAGAAAAAUAGCCAUACAUCUUGCCAGCAUAGAAAACUUUGAACUCAGAUCUGAACAGUUAGCAAACAGACCGCUAAAAUUCCUCAUGUUCCUAAAGAGAACUUGUAUACAAAAGUUAAAGGACACUCUCAAUCUCACACAUUACGCCCUGGUCUGCCUCAAUGAAGAUAUCAACAUAGAGGACGUGACUGAUUUUCUUGGUGAAAUCCAAAUCACAGAGACAGGAAAAAGACAAGUAAGAAAUGAAAGUGUGCUGAAACUGAUGUCUAAACCGGUAUUACACAGAACUGUCAAUGUGCCAGGUGAAGUAUAUAAUAUUGCCUAUAAUAUCACGCAUAUUUCCUUUGUGACACCUAACCAGGCCUGGAUCAAUGAUAGUAAAGAUCUGAUCUUGAUUAACCUUGAGGGUGACAUACUUCGUCAGCUAAGAGAUGUUUAUAGCAUGUACGGACAACACACAGUGAAUCUUACUGGUGAUCUUAUUUACAUAGACAGUGAUGGUAACAUUAUCAAACUCUCUAAAGAUAACAGAACAAAGAAUACACUGAUAAAGAAAACAAAACCAUGGGUACCACAGUGUAUCUACUCCUCCCACCUCAACGGCGAUUUGCUGGUCGGGAUGCAGUCCAACAGAACAGUCACAAUAGCAAGCUAUAAUGACAAAGGACAACACAAACAGAGUAUACAGCAUCACAAACCAGACCAGAAACUGUAUUCUCAUCCAAUCUAUAUCACAGAGAAAAAUAAUGGAGAUGUUAUUGUGUCUGAUAUUGGCGGUUAUCAUAGCGCUGUAGUGGUGACAGACAGUACAGGUAGACAUCGUUUCUCCUACAGAGGACACCCAUCAGGAUCAAGACUAUCACCAUGUGGAAUCUGUACUGACGCACUGUCACACAUCCUGGUGUGUGAUUUUAUCACCAGCACAAUACAUAUGCUUGACAAGGACGGUCACUUCCUGUCACUGAUACAGACACAACGGAAAAACAGACAAGUGAUGAACGGACCAAUGGGCCUGGGUUAUGACGACAAAACUCAUCUUCUCUGGGUUGGAUUAUCCUACGGGAUAAAGAAAGUGCGUGUAUACAGAUACAUAGAGAGGCAGGACUAUCUACAAUACAUAAAAAAUCAGAGUAAAUUAGAUAUUUGA